ACAACUUUUAGAAUCAUGGCCACCGACCACAUAAUAAUACACAUUACUUUUCAAACGAUACCGCGCAGUCGCUCUAACGCACACAAAAUGAUCACUACGAUCUUACUCGUGUGUCUAAGUUUCCUAGUUGCCUAUUUGUACUAUGUGUCCACUAAGAAAUUCAACUACUGGAAGAAAAAGGGAGUUCCAUACGCAAAACCUACUCCUUUACUUGGAAAUUACGCCAGUUAUAUAUUAACUAAAGAAUAUAUAGGUGAGGAAGUGCAGAAAUUAUGCAAGAAAUUCCCGAAUGAACCUUACUUUGGAGCCUUUUAUGGCACGGAACCAGUGUUAAUACCACAAGACCCUGAAAUUAUAAAGCUAAUACUGACGAAGGACUACGCUUAUUUCAGUGGCAGAGAAAUCACCGAUUAUUACCACAGUGAAACUAUAACGGAGAAUCUUUUCUUCUCGGGCGGGGACCGAUGGAAAGUAUUGAAACAGAAUCUUUCCCCUUUAUUCUCGAUAAAGAAGAUGAAGAAUAUGUUCCAUCUGAUAGAGAAGUGUUCCAACAUGUUAGAAGACAUGCUGGAAUACGAGUUAAAAGAUACAGAAGUCGCAGAAGUACGUUAUUUGAUGACAAGAUAUACUUUGGAUACUAUAUGUUCCGUGUCUUUUGGCGUUGACACAAAUCUAAUGGAGAAAGACGUAUCGUCUAGCAAUCCUUUUAAAGUAAUGGGUGAUAUGAUUUUCGAAAUAUCUACGUGCAGAGCAUUAAAAACGACCGCCCGUGCGAUAUGGCCUGGAGUUUUCUAUGGUUUAGGCUUAAAGAAUUUUCCAGCGGAAAUAAAAAGCUUCUUCAGUAAGCUAGUGAACGGAAUUUGCGAGGAGCGCCAACAUAAACCGACUUCUAGAAAUGAUUUUAUAGACCUGAUACUAGCAAUGAAGACAGAUGGUAAGCUUACGUUUGCCGGUGACAAUAUUUGGGGGGAUAAGAAAAUAGAGCUUGAAGUUGACGAUGAUUUGAUUAUAGCUUUGGUGGUUGGUUUUUUCGCUGCCGGUUUUGAGACUUCGAGUACUACUUUGAGUAUGUGUUUAUACGAGUUGGCAAAAAACGAGGAGGCUCAAGCGAAAGUGCAUGAAGAAGUGGAUGGGUAUUUGAAGAAAACUGAUGGUAAAGUGACUUAUGAGGGUAUAACUGAGAUGCCUUAUAUGAUGGCUUGCAUGGAGGAGACGAUACGUCUUUACCCUGUGCUGGGGGUGAUAACUAGAGAGGUGAUAGCGGAUUACACGCUGCCUACAGGGGUGGUGUUGGAGAAGGGUUGUCGGGUGCACCUGCCCAUCUACCAUUUGAACAGGAAUCCGGAAUGGUUCGAGGACCCAGAGAGCUUCCGACCGGAGAGACUGCGGGAGGGGAAAGUGAGGCCGUAUACGUUUAUGCCGUUUGGAGACGGCCAGAGGAUUUGUGUGGGAUCCCUCCUAGCCAAGAUGCAAGUGAUCUCCGGGCUAACCGCGGUCCUACGCAAGUAUAGAGUGUCGCUCGCAGAAGGAACGCCGCUAAAACUCAAGAUGGAACCGAAGGCGACUGUCACUCAGCCUAUAGGAGGAGUUAAACUACGAUUUACUAAGAGGGAGAAGUAAUGGAUAGUAGAACUAGUAGAAGUAACGUUGUAAUGAUACAAUACAGUUACGCUUUUUGUGGGGGCCCAUCUUGUGGGGACGAGUCACCGUCUGCCGGAACUAAAAUUGGAUACCGUUUUAUUAGGCAGGCGUCCGGUUUUUUAUCCCAUAGCCCAGUAUUUAGUCCAUCACUUUCAUCCAAUCGCCUAGUUCAUUUUACAUUCCAUUAACUUUCAAAUAGUCCUACUUCUAAUAAUAAGAGUAUCGCUGACAGAAGGAACGCGCCUAAGGCACUGGUCCCACCGCGAGCUAGUAAACUAUGAGCUAUCGGCUAUAAAAACGAACGAAAGAUAAUCUCUCCCGUGUAAAUAAACGAGAUACGGCGAUGUUUAUAGUUAAUAGCCCAGCGGUGAGCUAUCAAUAUCACCGUGUCUCUUUUAUUUACACGGGAAUUAUCCUUUGUUCGUUUUUGUAUCCGAUAGCUCAUAGUUCUCGGUGCUCAAAGUUUUGUAGUCGGAUAGCUCGCGGUGGGACCAGGGCCUAAAACUCAAGAUGGAACCGAAGGCGACCGUCACACAGAGACUACAUAAUUUCUGUUUUGAACAAUAAAUAAUAGAUAAAAAAUAA